CCAUUCCUCUCCAUCACACCGCUUUUGAGACGACGAUUUUCCAUGAACCCGCCGCAUGCGCUGCGAUGGAAUGCAACAAACUCCAAGUGAUGGCGAACGGGAAUCCCACGCAACCGACUUUUGACGAGCCGCGCAGGCGCGCUGCGCGUUCGCAAUCAUUAGGGUGCGCAAUGACGGAGCGCGCAGCGGGGGAGCAGUCCCCAACUAGAAGCCAAUCCCCGCCGCAUUCUAGAACGUGUCAUCGCUCCGUCUCCGCCUCUUCCCGUAACUUUCCCUCAGUCCGAAUCGUUAUUCCCACCGACGACGACCACGACGACGAUCCAUGCGACACCGCGUAUGGCCAAGUGCGGCAUGAGCCCGCGCCUUACUCCCUCCCGCCGCUCUCUCACCCCGUGCCACGUGGCACCUCGGAGGAGGUCGACCGUCUAUGGGAGGUCCACGUGUCGCCGUCCGAGCCGAAACCGCGUCCGCAAAAAGCGCGUCCGCCGAAGCAGUCUCCGCUGGGUUCCGCCAGCGGCUUUGCGCGCAUGCUGCUGCAAUGGGCACCUUCAUCGGCGCGCAGCAGCCGCCGCAAGAAGCGCGCCGACUCUGUUUCCGCCUCCGGGGCGCCCCGGCGGCCUCAAAGCGCUGCCCAAUCGCAGAGCCAGCGAGUAGCUGACGUCAGCCCGGCGCUCCAGCGUGACACGUCAGCGAGCCCGAGAUCCGCGCAGAUAGAAAACUUGCGGGAACCUUACUCUCGUCCGGAAGCUGCGGGGGCGGAGGGGUCGCGGGGGUAUUCCGCCCGUCCGCGCACGGCGCCAGUCGGAAUCUUCGGGCGGUGGCGCUCCGCUGCACCACUUUCCCGCCCAAAAUCUCCGCUGUUUGGCCUGACGAAUAUGGCGCGACGAGGCGUGAGCGUGCUGCCCGAGGGGGAAGAGCUCCGCGAAUCGUACGAUACAGGGGCAUUGGCGGACGCGGAUAGCGAACUAGCUUAUAACGGAGAUAGGAUCCGCUCGAUUUUUUCUCCCUGGUUUAGCGGAGGCACGCCUGGUGAUAGGCCGUGGGGUGGAGGGUGGGGGGUAGGGGACGGGGCGGGGGAAAGCGUUUCGGAGCGGGGGGAGGGGGAAAGGGAGGAUCUAGAAAGGCGUAUUUCGUAUAGCAGUAGCAUAGCUGGCGCGGCUGGGAGUGUAGUUAGCAGCAGCACUGCGGCUUAUACCGAAGUUGCUUAUAGCGAGUCGCUGAUCAUCCAGCACACCGAUGACACGGACUGCGAGAGUGUGACGUCAGCGUCUAGCGGCAGCGGGUUCGACGCGCUUGCCUGGGGAGCGAGCGCGCCAAUGGGCGGGGGAAACGCGGCUGUGGGGGGGGGGAACGCGCCAGUGGGCAGAGGAAACGCGCCAGCGGGGGAAGGAAACGCGCCGAUGCUGGGGAGAAAUGCGCGGGUGGGGCGAUCGCUGGCGGAUGGGGCCGGGGGGGACUUCGAGGCUCUCUGGCGGAGCCUGCCCCGCGACCUGAGGCGCACGCGGUCGCUGCAGAGCCCCAGGGGGAGCGCAGGGGGGGAACCUAGGGGGGAUCUGAGGGGGAACCGCGGGCACGGGGCGAAUGGCAACAGUUCGGAGACGGGAGGCGAGGAGGCGGGCGGCAUGCGACGUGUGGGUAGCGAAGCGAUGUUACCACCUGUAACAGGUGUGACGGGUGCAGCCAGGUCAGGCCUCCUUACUCCCUCGGCGCAUAGCCCUACGGCCCCCAGUGGUCUGCCCCCGCCAUCCCCGCGGUCGGCUGGUGGUAACGCGUGGGUGGUGAGUGUGCCGUCUUUCGCCCAGCACCGCCUGCGAGUGGCGUCUGCCGAGCGAAUUGCAAGGGGAGGGCGGGAGGGGAGGGGGUUUGAGCAGCAACCGCAGGAGUACCAGCAGCAGCAGCAGCAGCAGCAGCAGCAGCUGAUGCCACAGAGGGCGCACAGGCGCACGCGCAGCCUGCAUUCGGCGGAGCUGGAGUCGAUGCGGCUGGAGAAGAUCGGCGAGUUCAGCGUCCCCUCCUUCCAACACUCGCCCUCCACCCUCCGCCCAACCCUCCACUCGCCCUCCUUUCAGUCACACUCGCUUCGACCAUGCCCGCUGCGCCCCCGCUCGCCCGGCUUGCCCCCUCUCUCGCCCAAAGUGGCUGCUGGGCCUUCGUCCGUACUGCACCCAUCGGUACAGUCACAUUCUCCAAUGUCACGAGGUCUAUGUUCCCCUUCCCCUUCCCCUUCCCCUUCCACUCCAAAUCUGCCUCAUCGGCUAUCCUUCGCCGCCGCUUCCCCUAAAUUGCUCUCCCCUUCUGCCUCUCGACCUGGUAGGGCGACUGGGCGUGAGUUUGAGGCGCCGCUGGUACAGGGACACUCGCUUAGUGCACUUGCAGUAGCGACGGCGUCCGGGAUUAAAGCGAAUCCUGCAGUAGGGGGUACAUCCACAGUUACCAGCACCCCCAGGCGGAUAUUUAGACGGUGUAGAUCCCUGAGUGUGGGGAACGCUGUUGGAGGAAGCGAGUGUGACUACAGCGAAGCUUCAGGUUACAGUCACGGCGAGGUGGUUAGGCAGCAAUACUCCAGCGAGGGUGAUGGUGGUCUAGGGUUCCAUGAGUCAUUCUCAGGACCGAUUCUCCUCCACUAUACUGGUUCUCAGGCCGUUGAACUUGUGGUGCCUCCAGUGUCAGUGGGAGCAGCAAAUUUGCCAAGAGCACCACUGUUGCCUUUACCGCUGUCCGCAGCAGCAGCAGCGAGUUUCCCACAGGCGGCAACCGCGCCUAGUGUUGCAGCUGCAACACCAGCAACGGCUGUACCAGCAGUGUCAUCCUUGGUUGUAGCAUCACCACCAGUUAUGGCGUCAGCAGCACGGGUUGUUGUAGCCGUGGGGCCCGCAGCUAUAGCUGCAGCUAUGCAUGUGGCGCCGGGCGGUUGGGUGGAGGAUUCAUACUGCCUGCUGAAGGACGAGGAUGGGGCUGAGGUCUCCUGUGACUGUUAUGGACGAGACUGUAAUGGGAGUGACUGUGUUGGGAGUGACAGUAGGGGCAGUGACUGUAAGGGCGGUGAUUUUAAGGGUAGUGACACUAACGCUGCACAGGUGGAGCAUGAGCAUGACCCUUAUUGGCUGUGGCAGCAGCAACAUAUUCCGUUGUAGAGAGAGCAGUGCUGGGGUGUUACAGCAUCAGUCGUCAGCAAUCAGAGCAGCUAUUCUGGGUUUGCUAGGACGAGGCAUGUUCAUUGGUUCGAUGCAGUUGCUAUUGCUGAGAUUAAAAUUGGCAAUUAGGACAUUUUAGGGAUAAGGCGAUUCGCACUGGUUUAGAGACUUCCUUUGAGGGUUCCAAAAUA